AUGUUCUACACAAUGUACUUGUCCAGUAAGUCGACCACAUCCUCAUGCCCUAGCAAUGACUGCUUUCGUCCACCAAUGCAUACAACGUGUACUUUGCCAGAACGUGUGCUUCGCCAGAACGUGUACUUUGGCGUGGCUUCCACGUGGCAUUGACGAUCGAGCACGACCUGUUCGAACAAACGUGACGCAUCAUAAAUCAACUUCAUCCCAGUCCAUCUCUGCACUCGACUGACGACAUGUUUGCACCACAGGCGUCUGCCAACGUCGCCAAUGGCCCGAGCCACACUACGAACCUGUCCGUACCCGUACGGGCUACUACUGCAAGGUCCGCGUCAACAACCGCGAGUACAGCACCGAAGUGCCCUACGCCUCGGAAGCCCUCGCGCGCGACGGCGCCGCCCAGAAAGCCUACAUGAUCUGCCGCAAUUUCUCCGUCAACGACGGCAUGUUCCCCGGUCAGAGACCGGGAGGGCGCAACGUCCAGGGACUCCCAGUCGCCAUUGGCACGGGGCGGAAAAGGAAUUCGGCCUUCUCCGAGGGCAGCUCCACGAGUUCCGGGGGCAGUAGUCCGAGGAGUAUACCGGACAGUAGUGGCUUCGAUGACGUUGCGGCGGUGAGGACACAGCCGAAGCCCACGCCACAGCAGAAACGCGGUGGUGGUGGGGGCGGGGGCGGGGGCGGGGAUGGGUACAUGUGCUACUGCCGACGAGGAGCCGUAAGAGCAUACGGACGCUGCGGGUGGUGUCUCCGCGAGAGCGGGUGGACUUGA